AUGUCUCGAGAGCUCACUGUAUCUCUUGCCGCCAUAGCUUCACAAGCUCUAACAUUUACUCAGUUGAACCAAAUCCAUGCUCAUCUCGUCGUCUUCAACUCCCUCCACCGACAAAGCUACUGGGCUUCGCGUUUAAUCAACUGCUGCACGCGCCUCCGUGCGCCGCCUUACUACACGCGGCUCGUUUUCAAUUCAGUGGCGUUUCCCAAUGUCUUCGUCGUCACUUCGAUGUAUAGAUACUUCUCGCACAUGGACAUGGCGAAUGAUGCUCUUCGUCUCUACGAACAAAGAUCCCGUCGCGGGAUGAUGCCUGACGCUUGGUCUUUCCCUGUUGUGAUCAAAUCGGCUGGGAAGUUCGCGGUUUUGUUUCAAGCUAUUGUAGAGAAAUUGGGAUUUUGUAAGGACCCUUAUGUGAGGAACGUGAUAAUGGAUAUGUAUUCGAAGCAUGAGUCAGUGGAGAGUGCACGCAAGGUGUUCGAUCAAAUUACUCACAGAACAGGUUCUGAUUGGAAUGUGAUGAUCUCUGGGUAUUGGAAAUGGAGAAAUAAGGAGGAAGCUUGUAAAUUGUUUAAUAUGAUGACAGAGAAUGAGAUUGAUGUGGUUUCUUGGACGGUGAUGAUUACUGGUUUUGCAAAGCUUAAGGAUUUGGAAAAUGCAAGGAGGUACUUUGAUAUGAUGCCGGAGAAGAGCGUUGUUUCUUGGAAUGCUAUGCUCUCAGCUUAA